AUGGCAACGACAUCGACAACGACCACCACCGUUCCGAACGACUGCUUCCCAUCACUGCAGUGCCUCAGCGGCAUCGUGCCAGAAGAGUGCAAGAAAGCCGGCGUUGCGUGCGCCACCACCGCCAUGAAGACGACCACCAUCAACCCGACACAAUCCCUCUCCCCUCAAUCCUCAGUACAAUCACCCGAAAACCACAUCUCCCCCAUCUACGCCCCAACGCCGGCCUCCACAGGCUCCCAAGCCAUAACCACCUCCUCCGACUCAGAACACUCCCAAUCCGGCCGGAUACCCACCAACCUAACACACCACACCCACCCGCACAUCGAAGAGAGACCCACACCGCGUCCCACCCGCCCGCACCGCCGCAUCCCACACACCAUAAUCGAACGCCGCUACCGCGACAACCUCAACACGCAAAUCGAAACCCUGCGGCUCUCCCUGCCCUCCCUCAAAAACGCGUACGUCUGCAGCCCGGAUGUGGAGGAUUCCGCGCUGCCGCCGAGGCUGCCGUCCAAGGCGAUGAUUAUCGCCACGGCGGCGACGUAUAUCAAAGAAGUGGAGGCGGAGCGGAACGCGGCGUUCGAGAGCGUGCGGGAGUUGCAGGCGCAGGUGGGGGAUUUGCAGCGGUUGGUGAGUUGUGGGGAUUGUUCGAUUUUGCAAUAUUUGCAGGCUGUGGGUGGGGGUGGGAAUCAGGGGCAGGGGCAGGCGGUGGUUGUGUAG